AUGUCGCUCGUCGAGGACCACGUACGACGCCUGGACCUCUAUCUCGACAAGCUUCAAUUACGGGCCCUCGAGCCAGCGCUUCUUCCCGGGACAGCCCACCAUGAUUCCAUUACGUUAGCCGACCAUCUGGCCGCGCCAACCGUUGCCGCCAUCGCCGGGAUCGCGAGAGCUUUCUCCGCUAGCUCGCCAUCCGGACCCUUGCUGAAACGCGCAAAAUUGAUCGACUUGUUAUCCAAAGUUCAUGACCUGAGGCCUAGUCUUGAAAAGAGCGUUGCUACACUGGAUGGAAACUACUCUUCCGAUCUCGUAUGGAUGGUGGCGGCGAAGGCUACAGUUCAGACUUUUGCGAUUGUGAUAAAUUCCUUGCUGGACGAGGCCGCGCCGUUGAGCGAUGGCAUCUGGUACUGGGAUGGGAUCUUGGGUUCGUAUUUAAGCUGUGGCUUACAUGCAUUUCAAACAUCCCCAAUACGAUUAGGCCAGCAUAUCAAGGACAUUUACAACAAAGCCCGCCAAAUCCAACCUCAAUGGCGCAGCGAGCUCGACGGCUCAACGAUAUCGGCGCGGUGGUCUGCCUUCUACCGACUUGUUCGAGAGAGUGUAAGGCAGCAAAGCAUAGCCCAUGCUAAACAAAUCAUGCUCUCGCCCUUCCAGCUUUGUAGGUCGGAGGCCCGGAAGAACAGGCGAAGCCUGAAAAAACUUCGAGAGAUGAAUGCAUGUGCUGUCGGCCUCUUGAUGGAAGAGGCCCUUCUCUUCGACUUCGAUGAAGAAGACACUAAUACAAACACAGCUACUAAUAGCCCGGACGACUGGCAGGAUACUGUCUUUCGGACAACGUUGCUCAUGCGAGCUGUUGUCAAGAAUGUGAAUGAUCUCAGUAAUGAUUUUACUGGAUUCGAGGAGAAUGUCUUUGCAACUGUGGAUGCAGUCGAGUCUCCAUUUGUUGAUGGUCCCCAGAAGCCAUCGCUUGAAAACGCUUUCGAUGUUAUCCAGCAAUUAAAAACUAUCCUGGAAGAACACUUGCCUCGUCAACAACUUCUGUCAAAGAGACUUUUUCAUGAAUGCGGGCGACCGUCUCGUUUCGUUCGCUACUGGCUCCCUGUGUCUGCGAUUUUGUUUUCUUCUAGCACUAUUUUGAAUAUACUCACAAACAGGCGGUCGGAGGUGGUCGGCUGGUUGCAGGAAUCUGGCACCACCCUUAAGGAUUUUUGGAUAAAUUGGGUCGUUGAGCCCAUUAAUCAGUUAAUAGGAACCAUACGACACGAUGAGAAGAGCCAAGUCGCCCUGAUGAGCAAAGGUAGCCUGCAGUCGGAUUUAGCCAGCCUCGAACGUAUGGUGGUUGAUUACGCUGUCCGUCAUCCUGAAAACGGUUCUAGCCAGACAUUCUCGCCGGCCGAGCUGGAACAAAUCCGCCUGGCUGUUAAAGAAGGUGAUUUGACGCUCGUGCUUAAAGCAUACGAAAGGGAUUUGCAAACUCCCCUCAUGGGCGCCGUACGAGGCGACUUAAUUACCACGCUCCUCAUUCAAAUACAAAAAACAAAAGUUGAUGUUGAAGUCGCUAUGAGCGGCAUCGACUCGCUCCUCAAAAGUCAACAAUUAGUGUUCGCAUUUAUUGGCUUAACCCCAGGAAUCCUUGUUUCUUACUCAGUUAUCAGUUGGUUUGCCGGUGCCUUUGGGAGUAGGCGUGGAAUUCGUCAAGGAAAGAGACGAGCAGAGGCAAGGCGAUCAUUACGAUCCGUCAAUCGCAUUGUGUCUUCGUCGGUUCCCACUCCAACAGGCGUAUUAACAUACAAAGACCACGGCCUCCUGAUCUGCGAAGCGGAAAUUCUUCGCAGUAGAGCAUAUGAAGUGCUACCCGGCCAUAUAUACCACGAGUUUCAUGAAGAUCUUAACGACCUAUUGAAUGUUCGAUCUGGCGUAGUUCAGCAGUUGAGAGUUUUGGAUCGGAUUCGAUGGGCGUACGCCCAGUGGAUCCGCUAG